CCCCAAUCAUGGAGAGCCAGGGCAGACGCACGCAGCACGCAACCAGGCAUCGCCAGGCUCUUCCUCUCCUCUUGAUUCUCGCUGCAGCCGCGCGCCAACCAUGGCCUCCGAGACGGUCGUCCUCAAGGUGGCAAUGUCCUGCGGAGGUUGCUCGGGGGCGGUUAAAAGGGUGCUCACCAAAAUGGAAGGCGUCGAGAGCUUCGACAUCGACAUGGAGCAGCAGAAGGUGACCGUGAAGGGCAACGUCAAGCCGGAAGACGUUUUCCAGACGGUCUCCAAGACGGGGAAGAAGACCGCCUUCUGGGAGGCCGAAGAAGCCACUCCGGCUGCCGGUGCUGCUGCCCCUGAGGCUGCGCCGGCCGCUCCUGCGCCGGAGGCUGCCCCGGCAGCAGACGCCGCGCCUGCACCGGAGGUAACCCCGGCCAACACCACCGCUUGAUGGGCGCGCACGGAUGAUGCCGCCGGCCGUGACCUUUGGAAACUCCAAGAUAUUGUUGUUGACAGAGUCAUGUGUGGGGAGGGGUUUGCACGACGUUACUUACGAGUUGACUGCAACGUAAUGGAAUAAACACAGUGUGUAUGGUUUUAGAAAUAACGAACGAGUCGGACACAUGCAUGAUUUACAAUAGAUUCCGGUUCUAUUGAUGUUC